CCCCCGGGGCUGUGCUGGGUCAUGUUUGCUUGCCCUGGCGGAGAUCCAGUGUCACGUGCAAGUCGUGGCCAUCGGGUCACUUUCUGCCUUGGGGCAGGUGUCAAAUGCUGAGUAUUAAAGGAAUCAGCACCACCGUGGGGCAGGAGCAACGGCCAGCAUGAAGGAAAAACAAGUGUUAGAAGAUUUGGAAAUGCACCUCCCAAGGAGAGAUGCAGAGGCCCUCUUCCAAGAGCAGCCUGAGACUGGGAACCAGUACUUGGAAGACACUUUGCUUCGGAGUUACUUGGAAACACACCUUCCUCCCAAGGUCCUAGAGGAGGUGCAUCAGGACCUGGAGAGGUUUGGAAACCGCUUGCUGACCAAGAUCCAGCCUCUGAGCUGGGAAUGUGAGCUGAACCCCCCUGUGUUCCGGCAGUACGAUGCCUGGGGGCGGCGCGUGGAUCACAUCCACACCUGCUCAGCAUGGAGGAGGAUGAAGGAGAUUUCAGCAGAAGAAGGGCUGAUUGCUGAGGCCUAUGAGAAAAGAUACUCCAACUGGAGCCGCCUGUACCAGGCUGUCAAACUGUACUUGUUCUCAAGCUCCUCUGGAGGUUUCAGCUGUCCACUGGCCAUGACUGAUGGGGCAGCCAAAGUCAUUGAGUCACUGGGUGUUCCUGGAUCUCUGAAAAACGCUUUUGACCGUCUGACAUCCCGCGACCCUGAGAAGUUCUGGACCUCUGGCCAGUGGAUGACCGAGCGAAGGGGUGGCUCAGAUGUCGCAAAUGGCACCGAGACGGUGGCCAGGAAGCAGCCGGAUGGCACCUAUCGUCUGUAUGGAUUUAAGUGGUUCACAUCAGCAGCUGAUUCUGAUGUGGCAUUAACCCUGGCCAGGAUAGCAGAUGCUGAAGGACAGUGUACCCAGGGCUCCAGAGGCCUGUCCCUGUUCUUCCUGAGGGUUCGAGAUGAGGAGGGGAAGCUGAACAACAUCCAGGUGCAAAGGCUGAAGGACAAGCUGGGCACGAGGCAAAUGGCAACAGCAGAGCUGUGGCUGCAAGGAGCCAGAGCAGAACUGAUCUCUGCAGAGGGCCGUGGGGUGGCUGCCAUCUCCAACAUGCUGAACAUCACUCGGAUCCACAACGUCAUUGGUGCCGUGGCUUCCAUGAGAAGGAUGAUCAGUCUGAGCAGGGACUACGCCUGCAAGCGCAUGGCCUUCGGGAAGCUCCUCAAGGACCAUCCCCUGCACAUGCAGACAAUAGCCCGGAUGGAGGUGCAGGUGAGGGGGGCGUUUCUGCUGCUCAUGGACAUCGUUCGCCUGCUGGGCCUGGCUGAAACCAAGCUGGCGAGUGAGCAGGAGCAGCUGCUGCUGAGGCUGCUCAUCCCAGUGGCCAAGCUGUACACGGGGAAGCAGGCUUCUGCCGUGGCUGUUGAGGCGAUGGAGAGUUUUGGGGGCCAAGGUUACAUGGAGGACACAGGCUUGCCAGUCAUACUCCGGGAUGCUCUGGUGCUGUCCAUAUGGGAGGGAACAACAAAUAUCCUGUCCCUGGAUGUGCUGCGCUGCCUGGCCAAGAGCCACGGGCAGGUGAUGGCUGUGUUCCUGUCCACAGUGCAGAAAAAGCUGGAGCUGGCUUCAGGCACUGAGGAACUGUCCCCGGCCGUGCAGCGGGCACAGGAAGCCAUCGGGAGCCUCCGCCAGUUCCUGGCAGCCACGGGCUCAGAGCAGGCACUGACCAUGGAGCUGGCAGCCAGGGACCUUUCCUACAGCCUGGCACGGAUCUACACAGGAGCUCUGCUGAUGGAGCACGCGGCUCGGCCUGGCGCUUCCUCCACAGACACCUGCGCUGCCCUGAGGUGGUGCAGCCAGGAGCUGUGUCCGGCGGCCGGGGAGUCACGGAGGGGCAGCUACGGGGCCGGGGCAGCGCUGCAGGACCGUGCCCUGGUGCUCGGGAGCAGCCGGCUCUGAGCCCGCCGCCCCCGCACGGACACGAGGUGGGUUCCAGUCCAAACAAUCCCCCAAAUCCUCAGGUAGCUGCGGAUUCCAGGCGUGGUGGAACGUCCCGUUCCACAAGGAGCCAGACCAAGUCCUUUAGGAGUGACCCCCACCUGCCCCGGGCUGGAAUCCACGGCUUUGAGGUUCACUCCAAGGUGCUGGAACGUUCUCACAAUGCUUUAGGCAAAGUCCCAGUGAUAAAAUCCAGACUGGAAGCAGCAGGUCUUCAAGUGCCAACACUCUUCUUUUUAAAGAAAACCAACCAAAAUCAAACUGAAAGUUAUCUGAAGCUGAUUAAAUCCAGAAACCCACCAUUCUUCCCUGUUCACCUUGCUGCUUCCCAGUGCUGACCACAGACUUCCACCCCUGGGUGGGGUUUGCUCCAGGGGCAGCCCUUUCCACCCACUGUGCCUGUGAACAUUGACCUCCUCAGGAGCUGCUUCUUUCUGAAGAAAAAAGGGAUUUUUAUUCUUUCUGGCCUCCAGAAAGUUGAUUAAUUCCCUAUGCACGUGCCCUAAUGAUGCUGCAAUCCAUCCUGACAGAAAUUCUACAUAAAUUUUGGAUUGAAAUCCAGUAAUUCUCCACCUAAGCACUGGCUGUGGGCUUCUCCUUCCCCUCAGCCCGUCAGUCGACCUGCUUGGUAUUGCCCUGCUGGCUACAAGUUUUUAAUUAAGAAGUUGCUAAUAGAAGAAGAAAGGCACUAAUAGACUGGAGACAGCUGGAAUUUAUAGCUGGAAAAUGCUACAGCAGCCAGACACUGAGUGGGAAGGGGGAAGGAGCUGUGUGCUGAGAUUGGAGCUGUCCAGAGUUUCAAAGAUGGCAGAGCCAGGGGGACACAAAGGGUGGCUCUGGGGAGGAGCAGAGUGGAGCAAUCCCAACAGGACACAGCAAGGGAGGCUCCAGGGGCUCCCUGUGUCCUGGCACAGGGAUCACAGGCUGAGCCAAGCAGAGCUUCCCUGGAAUCACCCAGAUGCCAUGAACCAGCAGCCAAGGGCUUCUGUUGUCUGUGCAUUGCAGGGAAUAAAAUAAAGAACAUUUGGGUUUGGAAAAUCUCCUA